GUACAUUCGCAUUCCCAUCCACGCGUAAGUCCUUUCAGCCAAUCUCCACCAAAACGGUAUUCACCAUUUUUGCAUAUCUCUCCUGGGGGGCUGAAAAAAUGGAAGAGGAGCAACCCACUCCACUGUGGCGGCCGACUGGGUAACGCAGCAUAGAGGGGAAGCGAGGAAGCGAAGAAGUGACGAAGCGAUGAAGCAUCAGUUCGUCGUUUGGCGGUAAUGAUUUGGCAUUUACUGCCCCUAACCGUCGCCUAACCGCUGCUUAACCGCCGCUCAACCGCCGCCUAACCAACGACGUGGUGGAACGGGGGAAGGAGGGCAGCGAGCCAACGCCAGCACAGCGCUAAUAUGUUCCAUCGGGCGAGCGCGACCCUCCUCGCCUGUGUAUGUUACGCCCUGACGAUUUACAACUUUUCCUCCAUGCAUGCGCACGCGGUUAGCCCCAAAAGGCAGGCCACGAACCUCUUUUUUCUUCCUACUCAUUUUAACGGAGUCUCCAGUCGCAGCAGGAAAAUAUUUCGCUUGAGGUACGCCAGCAGGAAGGACUGCUCUGUUACUCUGCCCACCUACACAGCGAAUCCUGGUGCGCGGAGGAAUUGUAUAGAGGCGUACUACUCCGAGGGAGAGAAAGGCAAAUGCUCACCGCUCUACUCACAAAGGGGUGAUGUCGCUCCGGGGGGGGACACCUCUAAAGGUGUGAGGCUAACGGGGAAGAAGAAUCUGGAAGAGGCCUCCGAAGGUGUCAUACAGGAUGGAAGCAGCGGUCACAGUAGAAUAUCCCCAGUGAACCCAACGGGGGAGACCCCAAUAGGGAAGGACGAGCAUAGGGAGGGUGUGGGAACCCCCCUAAACGCUCCCCAAGCCGCUACUCCCCCCGAUAAGGAUGCUAAUCAGGUAAACUAUGACGAUGCCAGCCAUGCCAACGGUCUCAACGAUGCUAACAAUGCCAACCGUCUCAACAGUCUCAACGCUGAUGCCACCUCGCCGAAGCAGGCGGGGCCCCCCCCCCUCGCGCAGCCGCACCAAAAGAGGAAGAAAAAAAAAACCCAAAAUGAAGAGGUCCGGAAGAAGCUAUCCGAGCUAGCCAAGCUCAGAUGGAGGGACCAAGAAGAAAGAAAAAAAUUGCUCCGAUGCAAAAACCAAUUUAAGCAUUCCGAAAAAACGAAACAGUUAUUGUCCUACAAAAUAAAACUAAAAUGGACAGACGAAAACUACCGAAAAAGCAUCAUCGCAAAAACGAGGAUAUUCAAUCAGGAUGAAAAUACCAAAAGGAGGAAAUCAAUUUUGCUUAGAGAAAAGUGGAAGACAAAAGAAUUUCGAGAGAAAAUGCUCAGUGGCAGGAAGCCCUUCACCCUGGAGAGGCGCAAGAGGAUCUCCGAGAUCAUCAAGCAGAAGUGGCGCGAAGACGACUACAAGCAGAAAACGCUGCAGGCCAUCAAGGACAACUACAAGAAGCGCAAGCUGCAGGUCGGCCUCAACCCCAACUUUAACUACGUCCAAAACGCCAUGCUCUUCAAGCGGCUCGGACUCAGCGCGCCCAAAAUGAGGUUCUUCCCCAGCAUCCACAGGGAAAAGCUCCGCGGGAAAAAGAAAAGGAAAAAGAAAAGGGCGGGCAAGGACCCAGAGAACUACAGGGAAAACUGGAGAAACAUCUACGACAGUCUGUUGGACACAAACGAGUUGCAGCAUUCGCUGGCCUACCUGAACCACGUAGGCAACUUGAGCGUCAGCACGAAUACGUGAUGUGCGGAAGCAGCGAGGCGAGAGCAGCGAAAGAAGCGAAAGUAGAGGCAUACAGCGACACGAAACGAACGCAUCUACGUAGUGCCGGAAGAGGCAAUCCCAAAUCGGAGC